AUUGGAGCGCGUGCUGACGUUUGGAGAAAGGAAGAGGGCGAGCGGCGGAGGAAGCAGCUGAGGAUCCUGAACUGCUCGUCAGUUAUGCAGUCUGUAGAAAGCACUUCCCUACAGGCCUCGUCAGAUUGGCCCAGUUCCGGCGAGGACGACUCUGAGGUCUUCCUGUCCGAAGAGGAGAGAUCAGAGAUCACCAGAGGUCACAGCAGAUUGUCCUCAUCUUCCCUCUCCUCUUCCUCUUCCUCAGAACUGGGAUGGUGCAGUACAGAGGGUGAGAAAGAGAAAGCCGGAGGGACUCGUGGAGACCUGCUGUUUGCUCAAAAAUGUUUGGAGCUCCAGGGUUUUGUCCGUCCACUGUUAGAACUUCUAAACGGCUUGAAGAAGGGACGAUUUGAUAAAGGUCUGAGCAGUUUUCAGCAAAGCGUGGCAAUGGACAGAAUCCAGAGGAUCAUGGGACUGCUUCAAAAGCCACACAUUGGAGAGAGGUAUUUACCCACUUUGCUCCAGGUGGAAAUAAUGGUAAAGCACUGGUUCCCUCAAGUGUGCCUUCAGUCUGCAGGAACUAGUGGAUCUACACACCAUUUAGGACAGAACUCGCCUUCCAGCAGCACACCGAUACACAAGCACAAAGACCAACUUCACAUUCCAGUUAAGAAGCGAAAGUUAAGCUGGUCCAACACACCGACUGACUCUUCCACCUCUCCAUCUCCUGUUGCACGCAAAUGCUACCAUGUGAAUGAAAAAGAGAAAGAAACCCAAAGUUUAUCACUUGGCACUGCCCCUGCACCCCAAACUGACCAGCCAGAGCCAAAAAAUAGAGAACCUUCAGGAUCCAAAGCCCUUUGUUGCUCUGAGCCAAGCUUGACAUGGGUCCACAUUUCCCCUCAACUUUCUCCACCCAAAUCUUGUCCAUCAAGUAAGAUUUUAGGAAAUGGAAGCAAACAUGACAGGAAAGCCCACUUUCUCCUUACACUUCCUUCUACGUCCAACAGGGGCAGUCCAGCCACCCAGGACAGCGCUGUCUCCUCGACUACGUCCUUCUCUGAGCCUGUUGCUCGUCAAAGUCAGCAAGAGAUGACCGAUCAGGCCGAGGAACGGGGUCAGUCUUCUUGAUCACAGUUCAGGUUUCAAGUCCUUUGCUAACUUAAUGCACUAGAAACAAGCACAGGCUGCAGAGGAACUUGUGUAUUCUGGCAUAAAUAAAUAUUGAGGUAUUCUCAUUUUUA